AUGGCCAGUGUGUUCAACACUGCGAAGUUGUCGGCAAGGCUGGCAUCGCGCUAUGCUCCACGAUGCGCCGCAAGAAGAGGCUUCCGUAUAUCAUCCCGCAACGAGGCAGCACAAAACUUCACCAUGCCGGCAUUAUCGCCCACCAUGACCGAGGGCAACAUCGCCAACUGGAGAGUUAAGGAGGGAGACUCCUUCUCAGCUGGUGAUGUACUCCUGGAGAUCGAGACAGACAAGGCAACAAUGGACGUGGAGGCACAGGACGAUGGUGUCAUGGUCAAGAUCAUGUCAGAGGAGGGCAGCAAAGGGGUCAAAGUUGGGUACCGGAUAGCUGUGAUAGCAGAGGCAGGAGAUGAUGCGGCCAGUGUCGAAAUACCAGCAGAAGACAAGCCAGCAGAGGAAGGGCAGCUAGCACGAAAAGACAGGCCAUCACCGCAGGAGAAAUUAGCAGGAGGUCUCGACCCAGCAGAAAGCUCCCCAAGCUCUGCAGAAGCACCACCUUCCUCAGCACCAGAAUCCGAUGCCUCAGCAGGAGGCGCAGCAGCAACAGCAAGCGCAGCACAGAAGGAGACCAAACCACAAAGCGGCCGCGCACAAAAACAGACAUACCCACUCUACCCAUCAGUCGAGCAUCUUCUCCACACAAACGGCCUGACCAAAGAAGACGCGAAUAGCAUACCCGCCUCAGGCCCCAACGGCCGACUACUAAAAGGCGAUGUCCUGGCACAUCUAGGUCGCGUGAAGAAGGACUACCCAUCACAAUCCGCCGCUCGCCUGACUAAACUCGGUCACCUGGAUCUCUCGAACAUCCAGCUGUCGAAACCGACGUUGCCCAAGACCGAAGCAGCGAAGGAGGCAGCGGCUGUACCGGAAAUACCGCAAGAGACUGAGAUCGCCGUACCCAUUUCACUCUCUGCUGUUAUUGCGACGCAGAAGAAAGUUAACGAUACUCUUGGUAUCUUCUUACCACUUUCGACAUUUAUCGCGCGUGCGAGUGAACUAGCGAAUGAGGACUUGCCACUCAGCAAGUCGCGGAAGCCGACGGCGAACGAUCUUUUCAACUCUGUCCUUGGACUCGAUCAGGUCGCCGCGUCUUCGCGAGGACGCUAUACACCACAAGUCAUGGGCCUUGCCACUCCAUCAUCGACAGCUCCUGCUAGGAGGGCGAAGAAGCAGGACAUCAUUGAUAUCCUUGCGCCGAAGUCGACGGCGAAGAAGUCUAUAGCGGGACGACCAGGUGCUGUUGGAAUCUCUACUGGCGCCAACGUGUUCAGCGUGGUGGCGAAGAGUGGCGAGGAGAAGCGAGCGGUUGAGUACCUGGAGCGCAUGAAGUUGGCUUUGGAGAAGGAGCCGGGAAGGCUUGUGCUAUGA